AUGCUCAUUUGGGCUGGGUCAAAACAAUUCGAUGACCGCAACGUUUUCGACUUUCGCGCAAAUACCAAUAUGGAUGGCGAGACACACCUGUCAUUUGUCGUGGCAUGGGAUCCAGAGAAUGAGUUCGAGGAUCCAGGUCGUGGUGUGAUCUUGAACAAGCACUAUCAGGUCGAGAAAAAUCUGCUUUCCCCUGCUGAUGCCCAUGACUUCAAUAUGCAUGAAUUCAACAUCAUGGAUGGCGGUAAGACGGCUGUUAUUUGUAUCUAUCGCCCUACAUUGGUAAAAUUGGGGGACUUUGGCCGUCCGGAGGAUGAGAGCUUCGUUGUGUCUGGAGGGAUUGCGGAAUACGAUAUCGCGACCAACGAUGUUCUCUUCAAAUGGGACGGCGUCGAUCACAUUCCAGUUCAUGAGUCAAAUCUCUUUCAUGCGUGGGAUCAGCCACAGGGUGCUCCAGGCUGGGACUAUGUCCACGCCAAUGCGGUUGAUAAGAACGCCGCAGGUGACUACAUUAUAUCCAUGCGCUUCACUAACACAAUCUAUUGCGUCAGUGGUAGUGAUGGACGUAUCCUAUGGCGAUUAGGCGGAGCAGAGAGUAAUUUCGACCAGGACUUCACCUUCUCCAAACAGCACGAUGUGAAAUUUGUCUCAUCGAAUGGCACCGACCACGUCAUCACCGUGCUCAACAACGCAUCCGAUGAAACAUCUAAUGACGAGGAAGUCUCAUCUGUUCUAUACAUCAAGCUAGACACGCUAGCUAUGACUGCGCGGGUUAUCAAACGCAUGAACCGACCAGACGGUCAACUAACGCGUCUUCGCGGAAACGCCCAAACACUUCCAAACGGCAACACCUUCGUUGGCUGGAGUAAAUUCGGCUAUCAAAGUGAACACGCCCCCAAUGGCGACGUUCUGAUGACCGCCCGAUUUGUCUCAGAUCGCUACUCGACGUAUCGCGCAUAUAAGUCGGACUUUGUUGGUCGUCCACUCACCCCGCCUGACGUUGUGGCCUCCGUUUACGGUACCAGUAACAUGUCAAUGAGCACGGUCAUAUAUGUUAGCUGGAACGGUGCUACAGAUAUUGUCGGAUGGAACUUCUAUGCCCAAGCCGAGGAGCAGAGUGAAUCCAUUCUCAUCGGCCACGCCGAAAAACUCGAUUUCGAAACUAUGUACAUCGUCAAUGGCUACAUGGAUUAUAUCAUUGCCGAGGCCUUAGACCGCAAUGGCCACCCCUUGGGCAAGUCUGCUGUUCAUCGCAGCGAGGUCCCACACAAUUGGCAAGCUGCCGGGUUUGUAGGCUCGAAAAUCCCGUCUCCGCAUGAUCCGAGCGGUGUUUUAGCAGCUUCCCAGGACGCGUCGGACAGCAGCAGCAAUGAUGAGAUUGACCAUCAUGAUGCUUUAACCGGCACGGUUGGUCUGUUUAUCCUCCUUCUGGGGGGUUGUACUAUCAUCGGUGGACUGGGUGCCGCCUAUGUCAUGUUUUGCCCUCGAAAAACCCGAUCCUAUAAACAUGUACCAUCUGAAGAAGAGGGUCGGUUGGGAGAGACUCAUCGCUUGGCCACGGUAGCCGAGUGA